CGGUGCCAGCUGCAUGAAUGCGCUGCAGCGUUGAGUUGAGUUUUGCUGCUGUGUGAAAACGAGAUACGAAUGAAUGCAUGAACGGUGUCGCCUACGAACCGACGUGCUGCUCACACGUGAGGGCAUCGCAGGCCAGUUGUGUGUGGACCUGGUGCCUCCCUGACUAAACCCUGACUGAGCACGAGCCUGACUGACAAUCCAGAACCAUGACGGCCAUCCACGCACCUCGGGACAAAUACAAUGCCGUCUGGAUUAUUUUCUUCAUCCUGGGCUUGGGAACCCUCUUACCCUGGAACUUCUUCAUGACAGCAACAAUGUACUUCACCAGUAGGCUGAAGGACUCCCCUUCUACAGACCUUUCCUCCAAUCAGACGUUAAACAGGACCUUGGACACCGGGGACACGCGCAAUGUGCUGGAGGCAAAGUUUAACAACGUGAUGACACUCUGUGCCAUGGUGCCCCUGCUCAUUUUCACCUGCCUCAACUCCUUUAUUCACCAGAGGAUUCCACAGAAACUGCGGAUCUCUGGCAGCCUGACGGUCAUCCUGGUUGUUUUCCUGUUGACGGCUGUGCUUGUCAAGGUCAACGUGGCCCCACUGGCCUUCUUUACCCUCACCAUGAUCAAAAUUGUCUGCAUCAAUUCGUUCGGGGCGAUUCUUCAGAGCAGUCUGUUCGGGCUAGCAGGGAUUCUGCCUGCCUCCUACACCACACCCAUCAUGAGCGGACAGGGGCUGGCCGGCACCUUCGCUGCUUUCUCCAUGAUCUGUGCACUGGCCUCUGGAUCAGCCCUGCAGGACAGCGCUUUUGGUUACUUCAUCACAGCCUGUGUUGUUAUCCUGUUGGCCAUAAUGUCCUACAUCAUUCUGCCCAGAAUGGAGUUUUUCCAGUACUACAUGGAGAGCAAUGUGCCCAGACCCUCUGCUGACGAGGAGAACAAGAUGGACUUGCUCAGGAAAGAUAGUGCUGCAGAGAAGAUACCUGUGGUGAGUCUGACGGACGAGGAGCUCAAACCCAGCGUGUCUGUGUUCAGCAUCUUCAAACAGAUCCGGGUGAUGGCUCUAUCCGUGUGCUUCAUCUUCACUGUCACCAUCGGUACUUUCCCGGCAGUCACAGUCGAGGUCAAGACAACAGUAGCCAACGGAGGCGCCUGGGAAACGUACUUCAUCCCUGUGUCAUGUUUCCUCCUCUUUAACAUGAUGGACUGGGCUGGCAGGAGUCUGACGGCCUUCUGUAUGUGGCCCGGUAAAGACAGCAUCUGGCUACCUGUGUUUGUGGUUCUGCGGGUCAUCUUCAUCCCCCUCUUCAUGCUGUGUAACGUCCAGCCUCGCUACUAUCUCCCCGUGCUGUUCUCUCACGACGCCUGGUACAUCAUCUUCAUGAUCUUCUUCUCCUUUUCCAACGGAUACCUGGCCAGUCUCUGCAUGUGCUUUGGACCAAAGAAGGUGUCACAGCAUGAGGCAGAGACGGCAGGGGCCAUCAUGGCCUUCUUCUUGUCCCUGGGCUUAGCUCUGGGUGCUGCUGUAUCAUUUGCUUUCCGUGCCAUGAUCUAAGAUCUUCAUUAGACCACCUCACCAUCCAACACUCCCGGUCCUCACCCUGUUCAGGAGAGGACGCGGCAAACAGGGGAAAAGUAUUCUUAAGUGUACAGUAGAGACUUGUCUCAACCACCUCAGCGACAGUAGUUACUGAAUUUUAUUUAGUUUUAAUUUGAGCAGUGUGUGAACGUGUGCUGUUCCUCAUGUUUCCAAACGAUGCCAUUGAUCCCAACACACAUCAUGAGCUCAAAUAGUUCUUACAAAGACGACAUGAACACAGCGUCACAGAGCCCCAUUAAUAAAAAAGUUAUUCUGCACCCAAUAACCUGGAAAUGUUAAAACAUCAACAUUUUCACAAGUCAUAAGUUUAGUUCACUUUGUUUCAUAUUCUUAAAAUCAUAAUUACAUGACAUUGUGUAAAAAAG